AUGUCUAACAAACCAAUCUUCGUUGCUACUCAUCCGAGAGCAGUGAGUACCGCAUUUGAACGAGUCUUCAUGACCCGCCGUGAUAUCCUGACAUGUGUUCACGAACCAUUCGGAGAUGCUUUUUAUUUUGGACCCGAGCGAUUGAGCCCUAGAUACGAAAACGAUGAGAAAGCUCGUGAAGAGAGCGGUUUCGCGGAUUGCACAUAUCAGUCGAUAUUCGACCGAAUUGAGAGAGAAGGAAAAGAGGGUAAACGUCUCUUCAUCAAGGAUAUCACUCAUUACCUGUGCCCACCAGAGAAGGGUUCAGCAUCCAUUGCACCUUCGCUUGGAGGUCAGAGUAUCAAAAAGGGGGUUGGGACUGAGGGCCACACCAAUGGCACCACGAAUGGGAAGGUCAAUGGCCACAAUGGCUCGAAAAAAGCGCCAUAUCCAUAUGACACAGCUCCAGAGCCCGGGAAUCCAACAGUUGUCCCAGCCGAAAUCCUUAGACAAUUCCAUUUCACCUUCCUCAUCCGCCAUCCCCGUCACAGCAUCCCAUCCUACUGGCGCUGCACCAUCCCACCUCUCGACAAAGUCACCGGCUUCUAUAACUUCAUGCCUGCCGAAGCCGGGUACGACGAACUCCGUCGCGUCUUCGAUUUCUUGCGUAAAGACAAGCACGUCGGUCCUGUUCUCGCCGGAAAAGGCGUCUGCGAAAAGAACGAUGUGAGUAUUACCGUCAUCGACGCCGAUGACUUGCUGGAUAAUCCAGAAGGCAUCAUCUCCGCAUACUGCAAGGAGGUGGGGAUUGACUACAGCCCUAAGAUGUUGAUCUGGGAUACUGAGGAGGAUCACCAGAGGGCUAGAGACGCCUUUGAGAAGUGGAGGGGCUUCCAUGAUGAUGCUAUUAAUUCUACUUCGCUUAAGCCGAGGAGCGCUGCGCAUAAAAAGAAGAACAAAUCAAUUGAGGACGAAGAUGCCGAGUGGAAACAGAAAUACGGCGAGGAUGGUGCGAAGGUCAUCCGGGAGACGGUGGAUGCUAAUAUUGAGGAUUACGAGUAUCUUAAGACAUUUGCUAUCAAAGUCUAG